GCAGGUACUCCUUUCAGGACGAGGAGGACAUGUUCAUGGUGGUGGACCUGCUCCUGGGCGGGGACCUGCGCUACCACCUGCAGCAGAACGUCCGCUUCCAGGAGGACACCGUGAGGAUCUUCCUCUGUGAGCUGGCCAUGGCCCUGGACUACCUGCAGGGCCAGCGCAUCGUCCACAGGGACAUGAAGCCUGACAAUAUUUUGCUGGAUGAACAUGGGCACGUGCACAUCACAGACUUCAACAUCGCCGCGAUGCUGCCCAGGGAGAUGCGGAUCACCACCAUGGCCGGCACCAAGCCUUACAUGGCACCUGAAAUGUUCAACUCCAGAAGAGAAGCAGGCUACUCCUUUGCUGUUGACUGGUGGUCGCUGGGAGUGACGGCGUAUGAGCUGCUGAGAGGACGGAGACCAUAUCAUAUUCGCUCCAGUACUUCCAACAAGGAAAUUGUGCACAUGUUUGAGACAGCUGUUGUGACUUACCCUUCUGCCUGGUCACAAGAAAUGGUGUCACUGCUUAAAAAGCUACUUGAACCUAAUCCGGACCAACGAUUUUCUCGCUUGUCUGACGUUCAGAACUUCCCGUACAUGAGUGAUAUGAACUGGGAUGCAGUUUUGCAGAAGAGGCUUGUUCCAGGUUUUAUCCCUAAUAAAGGCAGGCUGAAUUGCGACCCCACCUUUGAACUCGAAGAAAUGAUUUUGGAGUCCAAACCUCUUCACAAGAAAAAGAAGCGUCUGGCAAAGAAGGAGAAGGAGAUGAGGAAAUGUGAUUCCACUCAGAUGUACCUUCUUCAAGAGCAUCUUGAAUCCGUCCAGAAGGAAUUCAUAAUUUUCAACAGAGAUAAGGUAAAGAGGGACUUUAAUAAAAGACAAGCAAAUGUAGCCUUGGAACAAACCAAAGACCCACAGGAAGAGGAUGGCCAGAAUACCAACCUGGGAAGUCCUCGGAACUGCUGACAGGCCCUGCCUCCUCACACCUCACGCACCUUAGAAAAUCUGAAUGAGCACCUUUAGAAAGAGGCGGCAUGACACAGCGAAGAGAGUCGCCAGGCCCUUGGGGUCUUUCCCACUAAUUAACUGUGUGAUCUUGAGCAAGUCACUUAACCCCUUUCUCUGCUUUGGUUUAUUCAUCUAAAACGAGAGGGUUAUACUAGAAGGACUCUACUCUCCUCUUUACUGCUACCAUUCUGUUAUUCUAAACAGCUUUUAUUUUUAUUUUAAAAGGGAUAUUUGGAUGCAGAUCUAAUUUUCCACUCCUUAUAAUCACACUGGGACAAAUGAACAAAGGGACGUAGGUGGGUGAGUGAGGGAGGCGCUUCAGAGCUCAGCAAUUUCAGAGGUCAGAAUCUCCCAGCCUGACUGAAUAGGCAUAAGGUCUUCAAUCAGGAAGAAAACGAAUGAGAACAGAUUAGGAGGAGCCAGGCUUAUGCAGGCCUCCCCGGGGUGGGCGGGAGGCAGCACGCCCUAUCGGCCUGUAUCGGCUAGCAAGAGCCUGCUGCCCGUCUGUCCCAACACCCGGGUCGCAAGAUUGCAGUUAGUGAUGAUGGGAGUAUUUACACCACAGCAGGUGGCAAACGCAGCAAAUGUUACAAAUGCUUGUUUCCCUUCCUAGCAAGCCAGUUGUUAAGUAUUUAUUUGCACCUUUUUUGAGUAAGAAUGUUGAGAGCUGAUUGUCCUUUUAAGACUAUCAGAGACCUAUGUCCAGAGAGGAACAAGAAAGAAUAUCGUCACAUCAAAAACGUGUCCACCUUGUAGUACAGUGAAGUCGUAUCUUACGCAGGAGUUCCAGUCUUAGAACGGAAGGUGAAUUUGGAGGAUAGUAGUAUUUACCCUUGAAAAGUCUCUCAAAUUACCUGUAACAUAUGGUGGGGCUCUCUUCUUCAUGAAGCCCAGGACAGUGAACCACCUUCCACAAUGAACAGGUCACUGUCUGGGGUUCGUUUUGAUUUUCUUUUGUUUUUACUUUUGGUCUCAUUUUUGGCUACUAUCAGAUAAACCAACAUGUUGGGCAAAUUGUACCUAAGCCUUUAAACUAGAAUUGCACUUAGAGCCUCGGGCUGCCGCCCCACCUGGGAGGCCUCAGGCCCAGGAGGCCGCCGAAAGCAGCAGCAAGGCUGGCCUACACUUGCUGUGAGAAUGGCGAGCAGAAUUGCCUAGUUAUUUAAAAUGUGAUCGAUGUCUCACUCUUCUACCUUCUAUUCUAUUUAUUUAUUUGCCCCAAACAAUUCACCGAAGUGACACGUGCAUCUGAUGUAACUCCACCGUCCUGAGACAUGGAUCUUGGCUGAGGGACUUGGGCAAUUCAUGGGCGCCUCUGCAUGGGGAGUCGAGAAGCCAAGGGGCUUCGUGGGGAGUUGCUUUAGCCUCUCGGCCACUCAAAUCCCCCAAACCUUGUCCUGUGCAGAGUGUGGGCCUCUCCAAGGGCGCAGUAAGCUGACAGCAGGCAAGCCCAGAUUGGCACCCAUCUGGGAAAGCAGACACGUGGAAGUGGGCAUAGGUAACAGCUGCAACUGCCUGCCACCCCAGACCUUCCAGGAGGGAGGUGCCGCUGGGGCAGUGAUCGUGGGCAGAACGCCAGCGCUGGGCUUUAACUGGGCACUUAGGGUUUUCUGCUCACUGAGCUAAUAGGCCCAGGAUUUCUGGCAGAGCUGUAACGUAGUGCUUUUCUCCUUUAAGAGCAACUACAUUUUGUUAGGAAUUAAAGCAGCUCUUUCGUGCUGUUUGGUUCCUUUUCUCUACAUUUCCCACACAUUAUUUGUCUGUGCUGUUUUUUUCCCCAACACUGUAAACUCUUAAGCACUUGCCCUGACUCGGCUUCACAAGGAGGGGGGACGGACUGAAAAGAGCAAGACGGUGGGCAGCACCUGCUGCCGGCCGGAGUCCUGGGGUGUCAGGGGCCGCCUGCUGGCUAGCUCCCAUCUUUCAUUUGACUCAAGCCCUGAUAUGCUCUGCACUGAUGUCGCCAGUCCCGGCUCCUCCUCUGGCCAUGACCCCGUGUGGGUCAUCCCGAAGGAGAGACUUUGGGAAACACUUAGCAAAGGGCAGUGGAUCGGUGGGCUGUCCGCUGGGAUGGGGGCUCAUCAUUCGUGCCCCUUUGCGCCUGUGCAGUUUAUGAUGAGACUGGAUUACAAUCCAACACAGCCUCUGCAGUCAGAAGCCCUGGUUUUUACCUCCAGCGAGGAGCUGCUUCUGUGCCCGAAGCACCCCCGUGGUGUUCAGGAGCCACGAUGGCCUGACUGCAGGGCACAGCCUCAGGGCAGGAAGACGGAUUUCCGACCCAGUCAGCUUGUGAGCAUGCCUAGGGAAACCCCACAAUGGGUUUCCAGUCAGGAAAGACAAAGCGUGGCGUCUCCAGCAGUCCAGGACAGCUGAUUACAGGUUAUAACCGAUCAUAACUCCCACCAGCGCACAUCAGGACAAAAAAGUUUUCCAAAAAUUAACAAGGAUGCCUAAAUCCUUACGAGAGAUGCUGAAAUCAGAUCCUUUAGUUUUAUUCCAUAAGAUGGGCUAAAAGUGACUAUCCUACUGAGUGGAACACGUCUCAUCUAGAUUUGUGACAACCGAGGCUCAGGGCCAAGAAUCUAAGAGAACAGAGUGGCUAGGGCAUCCUUUCGUCCGGCAUUCCUAGGAUCUGUUUCUUCCACCAGCUUCCUCGCUGGCCUGGGUGGAGCGUCUGAUAAGCCUGAGGUUUUAAGGAGCAGAAGCGUCCCGGGUCUAACGCUCUCACCCGCCAUCAGGGCCCCCACCCCGGGGCAGCCGGUGCCCUCCAGUGGGGGAGGCAGGGAAUGCUCUGCUGGGGCUGGCGCAUCUCCACCGUGGCUCCAGGGCGGCGGAGUCACUGCGAGGGCAGAGCGUGCGGUGCACGGCCCCACUCCGUCGGUUACGGUGAUUUAAUUAGUGGUUAAGCAUCUUCUGGUAGGUUCUAACUAGACAUGCCUAGACUAUUCCUUCACAGCUCUUCCAGACUGAUGGAUGCAUGACUAGGGAGAAGGAACGCUAACACAGCCAGCAGGGACCAGCCUUUUUCUACUUUUAGCUGGUGCGGCAAUGUUAAGGCUUCAGUUCUUUGAAAGCUGAAUGAAAAGGAGGGUGAGUUCACUUCAGCAUCCAGUCGCCCCGCGCUUGGUCUACACCACCCCCCGUUUCCCACUGUCCGCCUGGGACUGCCUUUCUGACAAGCUCGGUGUGUCUGGUUCUAAACACUGACGUCAAAAAUUCAAAAUUCUGUUAUCUGUGCUGCUGUGAGCAGGCAGCCCUUGGCUGGGACACGUGCUUCUGUUGAGUGUAAUAUAUAUAAAGUAAAUGUGCCUGUGUAUUAAAAUGUCUUCUGUGUACUGUAA